CGGCUCGCAGUCGAGCGUCGUACGUUGCGCGAUUCAGUCGCGGCGUUCGCUCGUACCUCCGGUGUCGUCGCGGCUGCCCAUAUACUACGUGUACACACACGUUCGAUGUAGACCUGUGUGUUGUUUGACUGGGGUGCACGCGCGUCUUCCUACGAAAGUGUCAGUGCGAGACGGAGCGAGCGAGCGAGCGAGCGAACGAGAGAGAGAGAGAAAGAGAGAGAGAGAGAGAGAGGAAAAAGAGAGAUGCGGGAGGCUAGUGUGCUGCGGGAAACGCGAGUGCUUUUUCUCUGCAGUGCCAAGACGGAUUAAGGACGGAGGCGCGCGUGAGCGUCAGAAGGAUUUUUGGAGUCAACGGUCGAUUUCAGGAAUCGCGACUUUCGAUGGAUCCUCCGAGGAACGGAGGUACUCCACGACGUGCGAGGCUUUAACGGGGCGCGAAAAAUUGCGAGGGAAAAGUGUCGUGAAUGUACGUAUACGAACUUAAACGCAGAUUCGCAGAGUUUCCCGUUUCCGUUGCCGCCAUUUCCGCGCGUAUUAAUCAAUGAGAGAAGUGUAUUCGAUUGGCGAUAAAGUAAAACCGCGAUGAAUCGCGUUGUGCCGUGACCAGUGUAUGGAAAGAAGAUCGGUCUACAGGAACUGCGACCGUCGUCGUCAAAUGGAGCCUCUACCGAAUCACGAGGAUGCGUUCGAGCCUGCGAAAUGGUGAAAUGAUCGUGUACAUAGUGUAUCGUGGACGCUGCAGCGAUUUCUAAGAAGCAACUGACCAAGACCAAGAUGUACCCCGCGCCGGCGAGACAUCCCGCCGCUCCCGGUGGCGGCGGUAGCGGCGGGGCUGCUGGCGGGCUGAAAUUCACGGUGGCGGACACUUGCGAGAGGAUCAAAGAGGAAUUCAAUUUCAUCCAGCAGCAGUACCACUCACUGAAGCUCGAGUGCGAGAAGUUAGCUAGCGAGAAGACCGAGAUGCAAAGGCACUACGUUAUGGUAAGGCACUUUUAUUACGAGAUGUCGUACGGCCUCAACGUUGAAAUGCACAAACAGACGGAAAUCGCUAAGAGGCUGAACGCGAUAAUCGGGCAAGUGCUUCCGUUCCUGGCGCAAGAGCAUCAGCAGCAGGUGGCCAAUGCUGUGGAGAGGGCGAAGCAAGUCACCAUGUCCGAACUGAACGCCAUUAUCGGGCAGCAACAGCAGCAGGGUCUCCAGCAGCUAUUGCAACAGAUCCAUGCGCAGCAACUGCCCCACGGUGCGGUGGUCGGUGGUCUUCCGCCGGGUGGUCUGCUGGGCUUCGCAGGUGCGGCCGCGGCGGCCGCAGCCGCGGGUGUGCCGCCGCACUUGGCGCCGCCGCCGCAUCCCGCGGCCGCGGCUGCGGUCCAGGCACAGGCGCAAGCGCUCCUGAAACCCGCCGAUCUACAACAGCAUCGCGCGGCCGCGGAGACACCCGAGGAUCGUAAGCCGAUCGCCCUGCCGGACGAGAGGCUCGGCCAUCGCUCGGUCUCUCCACCUGAGAAAUUUCGUAGCCGCACACCCGACCUCGAGAGCGAUUCUAAGAGGCGGAAGGAAGAGAAGCUAGGACAUGAGAGCGACGCUGAGAAGAGCGACCAGGACCUGGUCGUCGACGUGGCGAACGAGGAGGCGUCAUCGCCGCACGCGAACGGGGAGCACUCGGAUCCACGUGAAAACGGCACCCUGGAGAAGCUGGGCGCACCGGGCCACGUUGGCGGACCGGUAUCCGGCGCGGGCUCGGCAUCCGUAAAGGACAGGCCGCCGUCGCGCAGCGGCAGCUCCUCCGCCCGUAGUACACCGUCUCUGAAAAGUAAAGAUGUCGACAAGCCGGGUACACCUGUGGCGGCGGCGAGGGGCUCGCGCAGUUGUACGCCAACUAUGGGCGGCAUCCCUGGAUCCUUGGCGCGGGUCUAUCAUCCGCCAUCGUCGCAGCAAACGCCACCGCAGGGUUAUCAGGGCUUGCCAUCCCGCGGCAAUGAGCCGCCGCAGUCGCCCUCGCCAUACAGCAACUUGCCAUACGCGCGGCCCUCCAUGAUCGGUUUCGACGGUCACAUGAGGAUACCCGCGAGUAACGGACUGAACAAUAUCGCAGGUGGCAAACCGGCGUACUCCUAUCAUAUGAACGGCGAGGGUCAACUGCAGCCCGUACCAUUCCCCACGGACGCUCUGGUAGGACCGGGUAUCCCGCGUCACGCGCGUCAGAUUAAUACCCUGACACACGGCGAGGUGGUCUGUGCCGUUACGAUCUCCAAUCCGACCAAGUACGUCUACACCGGCGGCAAAGGUUGCGUCAAAGUCUGGGAUAUCGGCCAAAGUGUCGGCAGCGCCAGCGUGAAACCAGUUUCGCAGCUGGACUGUUUGCAACGUGACAAUUACAUUAGGUCCGUGAAACUUCUACCUGACGGGAGGACCUUGAUAGUCGGUGGGGAGGCCAGUCAGCUGAGCAUCUGGGAUUUAGCGAGUCCCACGCCCAGAAUUAAAGCGGAAUUGACUUCGUCGGCGCCCGCAUGCUACGCCCUGGCGAUCUCGCCGGAUUCGAAGGUCUGCUUCAGCUGCUGCAGCGAUGGCAACAUCGCCGUGUGGGACCUGCAGAAUCAGACGUUGGUCAGGCAGUUCCAGGGUCACACGGACGGCGCGUCUUGCAUCGAUAUCUCCGCCGACGGAUCGAAACUGUGGACCGGCGGUCUCGACAACACCGUGCGCUCCUGGGACCUUCGCGAGGGUAGGCAGCUGCAGCAACACGACUUCACCUCGCAGAUAUUCUCUCUCGGUUACUGUCCCACCGGCGAGUGGCUGGCCGUCGGAAUGGAGAACUCGAACGUCGAGGUACUCCACGCCACCAAGUCCGACAAGUACCAGCUGCAUCUGCACGACUCCUGCGUGCUCUCGCUGCGUUUCGCCUCCUGCGGCAAGUGGUUCGUCUCAACCGGCAAGGACAAUUUGCUGAACGCGUGGCGUACACCGUACGGUGCUUCAAUAUUUCAGUCCAAGGAGUCGUCGUCGGUGUUGAGCUGCGACAUUUCCGCGGACGACAAGUACAUUGUGACCGGAUCCGGCGACAAGAAGGCCACUGUAUACGAAGUGAUUUACUAAGCCUAUAAUCCUAAUAAAGAAAGAGACUUGCCUUUCCCUCUUUAAUAAACGUUAAAAUCAUGAACUUCGUUAAUGUGUAUUCUGCAUACCCUUUCGCGAGGAAGGAAGGCGUGAAGAGCUGCCGCAAGUGGGGAAACUCUCGGCGGCCUUAGAGCCCGUGUGACUGAUAAAUGUGUACAUAUUACGCAUACGCGAAUCUGUAUUGUAACGGAAUUACAAAUAGAGGAAUGAAAAAUCGAUGUGUGUUUGUGCGCGCGUGUUUAUGAAUGAGCGGGAUCAGCGAUGUAUAUUAAUCUCGCACGUGCGCGUCCCGAUUUCGCGAGUGCGCGAGUCCCGAUUCUCCGAUUACGCGGUACGUACGCGUAAUACCCUGAACGCGGAUGGGACUUGUAUUUAUCACGUGUAUACAACGAGCGUACGCGUUGACGAUGGAACGGCGUUCCAUCCAACCGGAGCGGUUCGCAUACGCACUAAAGUAAACGAGAAGAGCCUUCGCAAACGGUGAUGUUAGAUAUACAGGGUGAUUCUUGAUUGCACGCCCCUCCAGGCAAAUGAUAUCUCUGGGAAACAAAUUUAGCUUUUAUCUCCCAAGUUGCAAUAAGUUGAAAAAAUAUAUCUAUUUUAAACGCUUGUUCUCCGCUGUGAUAAACGCUACGUUCUAAUACAACUCGACUGUUUUAUUAUAGAUUAUAGUUUUGUGCGUAUUACGGUUUUGAAAAAUACCGCGGCGCAAAAAGUGGUGGACAUUCCUAACACGGCGGACUUUCUCCAAUAUUCAUACAACAUUUGCUUGUUAUUUUGGCUUUCUUGAUCUCUAAAAUAUUGACGAACAAUUAAGAUUCACCUUGUAUAUGUGAUCUUGUAGUUACGUAAAUAUAGGAUUAUAACGCGCCUAAAGUGGACGGCCGAUAAAGUGAUGGGACAUCAAGAUUAGUCUGGCCUACUCACCGAAAAAUCGCAUUACGCUUUUUAGUAAACGGAUAUGUGAUCAUCGAGACAUAAUUUCAAACUUGUACAAUCGUUGUAUCUUCAAACAAAUCCUAUUUCCUUUUUAUUUACCCUCCCGAACCAUGUAAAAAUACAGAGGGUCUAAGACCUAAGAGAUGUUUAAGUGGCAUUUAAAAAAAUGUAGGACGUCUUCGGUGCAUCGUCCUUGCGACAUACGUGUUCUUUUAAAGGCUCGAUUAGCGCAAACUUUCAUUAUUUCAGAUUAUUGACGUAAAACUAAUAAUCGCGCAGAUUAUUAAAUUCUUGAUUUAGUUAAUGAUUCGAUAAUAUCUAAUUUGAACGGAGAAAAAUUACGAUGUAUCGAGUGGUAAUUUGCCAUGCAUGCGAGACGAUGCGACACGUCGGACUUGGAGCCGUCUCCUGGAGUUUGUCAAUGUCAGUAUCAAUGUCACGAUGCCUGUCGCUGUUCAAGACAUCGACUUGUGGCAUAAACUAGUUUAUGAACGAAUAUCUUUUUGCAUCGUAAAUAUAGUGCGAUACCUACAUGUAAUAACCGAAUUUCUACGUGAUAUAGCGCGUAUGCGUGACGACGAGUGGCAAACACGAAUCCCUGUACAGAAUCCUUGUACAUAUUCGACGAUUGUGAUUAACGAUUAUAAUGAGACGCACGGUGUAUGCCGCGCAACAGCGCACACGGUAUACAUCCAGACUCUUUAAAUAUACCUAUGUAAAGUACAAUCCCCCGUGCACAAUCGAAACAAAACUAUUUCUCUACUUUAAUUAGGUGACACUCGACACGUGCGCGGAGAUCAAUAGAAGCGGACAGCUUUUGUCGCGACGUUUAAUAUUAGUUAAAUAUCGACUAAUUAUCCUUUAAUAAAUUGACAUUGCGUAGAAUUGAGCUCACAAUGUCUUUAUGUUAAAAAAAAAUUGAUUAAUCUAUGAUAAUUGAGGCGCUUAGUGCGAUUGUAAAAUAUAAUAAAAGCGAUUUCCUAAACUGCUUUCGAUUGAUCUUCGCCCAGAAAUUAGCCGAAUAAAAUGCUCGACAGACAGACGAGUACGAAUUGCAAUGCAUUACCGAAAUGAAUAAAUUCGUGAAAUUAUACAGUCCUUUAUUGUGUUCUUGACGUAUAUUAAAGUCGAGUGAACUUUGAAAAGAAACAGGUGGUUAUACUUCAUUUGAGCUUGGUCGCGAUAAAAAUGAUUCUCGCGGUUUUCGUCUUGCUGACGAAUACAAUGACGAACUAAAAAAGAUUUGAUCGAUGCGUUAUAUGUAGGGAAAAGAUAUGUCAUGUAACUAAUGAUGACGCAUCCGCAUUUCUUGAGGAAAUAAAUAAGAAUCCAUUUUUC